AUGGAUCCAAACACAGCAGCAGAGUGGUGCAAGGAACAAAAUGGUCAAUUAGGGCUGAGUGUAGUAAUCGACAUUCCGGCUGACAAAUGGACAGAGGAACAGAUCCGUCAAGCAGUAACUACACUAGCACCUGACCAGAAAGUGUUUGUAAUAGACACAAAAAUAGAUCAAGAAGUCUCCCAUACCUAUGCCCUACUAGAAUGGAAGAAAGGAGUCCCAACCUGCUUCCAGGGUGAUAGCAUACAGCUGACCGGAGAAGUUAAAGCACGGUUACUCCCUCUAGUCACCUCAGCAAGUUGUUUAGAGGGACCAAGCCAGACCAUGUCAGACACAGUGGAAGUAACUACCACUUCUGUGCCAACCACUAACUACCCCCCAGCUUCCUUCUUCAUGGACAUAGGAAAACUGGUAGAGAGCGUUAUAAAAAUUUCCUCGCCAUCUGUGAACUAUGGCUACAGGAAGUUGAGAAUCUUUUCUGGAGGGCAGCCUGUACCUCCUGGAGAAGAAGAGUAUGAAACCUGGAUGGAACAGGCUAUGCAAGCACUGGAGGAAUGGGAUGUUCCAGAGGCUCAAAAGAAACAACGCAUCACUGAAAGUCUGAAAGGCGUUGCAGCAGAAGCCAUCCGAAAUUUGAAAUUCAGUCAGGAGUCUUGUACAGCAUAUGACUAUCUUCGCAUGCUGCAAGAUGAGUUUGGGCGCACAGAGAAAGCUACAGAUUUAAUCUUCCUAUUUGAACACAUGUUUCAACGGGAAAAUGAGCAGCUUUCUGAUUAUAUUCGACGACUAAACAAAAUGCUAUACCAGAUUGUACUAAAGAAAGGAAUAGAGCCCAUGGAUAUGGAUCAAGUAAGAAUGAAACAGAUCCUGAGAGGCGCUCUGAGUUCUGACCCUAUCUGGAUCCAGUUGAAGACUUUACAAGGAGGUACCUCUUUGCGAUACUCUGAUCUCAUUAAGAUGGUGAGGGAGGAAGAGGCUAUCCUAGAGGAGAAAAAGAAGGGCUCAGGAUUUUCAUUUCCUGCUGAGGUCCGAACGCUCAAUGUGUCGAAUGGGAAUUCAGAAAUAGAGCAAUUAAAGGCUCAAGUUUCCCAGCUGACGCAAAUGCUAACCCUAUUGUCUGCAGGUGUCAAGUCGCCCCUUGAAAAAGUCACUUCAGAACCAGUUCCUGAUUCUACCACUCAGGUGGUGCCUAUCAAGAAACCGUCAAACAUCUGCUAUAACUGUGGAGGAGUGGGUCAUUACCGAAGUACCUGUCCGAGUCCAUCGAAUUCAAGAGGAAGUUAUCUACCGGCGGGAAACUUCAGAGGGCCCCAGUGA